AUGAGAAUCCAAGGAAGAACAACCAACUCUUCAGCGGUGGGGUUUGAUCAUGUCUGCUUUGACGGGGAGGGUGAUUCCCCUGCUCUGGGACAUGCAACAUCCCAGCAAGAGAGUACAGAUACUACCCCAGACGCGGAGCCUCAGCUAAAUCGUGCAAAGGAGCCCUACCGUUCAUUCAACGUCUUCAAAGAUGUAGCACUCGGUACAAAUGCCUGGAGCUUUUGCCUUCAAGUUCACCCCUCUGGGGGGCUUGCUCAAUCUCCAAGCCCAGUAUAUCACACCUUGCGUAUCCCAUGGUACCGCCAAGGCCUUUACCUACCAGCCUCAUUUGAUCUUUACUCCGGUGGCAAUGUCGUGCGCAGCCGGAAAGACCCAUCGCCUGAGCCUCAAGACCACCGCGCGCACAUUCACUACCGUGGCUUUGAGGGUCUAGUCGGUCUCCAUGUGACGGUUGAUAUCUUCCACCAAGUAGGCUCUAAUGCUCUUCGAGAUGAGACUUUGGGUUCUAGAAAAAGUUCUUCGGACCUUGUCAAGCACUGUUCGGUAGACAUUGUUCGAAAGGGAAUGGGCAGGACCUACCGUAUUGGAAUUACUCAUGGCGGGGCUGUCAAAACCUUCUACUGGAAAGGGUCAAAGACCGCAUUGUCUCUCCUUGAAACAGAGGGGAGAGAUGUAGGUUCUAGUGAUGGGAAUGGUAACCUGAAGUUCUUUGCUGCGGAUAAACCAGAUGAUAUUCUUGCGGUGUGGCAAAAUCGAACUGAUCGACAAAUUCUGGGUUCUUUGAAUAUUUUCGCUGAGCUCGAUGCUGAUUCUGAUGGGAUUCUUGAAGGGUUGAUGGUGAGUUGCCUGGCAGUGGUUGUUGCAGAAAGGGUUUCUGGGCGAGGGUGGAUAGGGGGUCUAGGAAAGUCAAGGAACUCUUAG